CAUAUUGGAAACACCAUGUUUUGAGAGAGGAGUGUUUUUGGUUCGUUUGGGGGAAUCUGAAGCUUUUUCGUUAGCUUUUUCUAAUAAUUAGCAACAUAAGGAAGAUGUCAGCAAAAAAAGUCAAUGUAAAACUUGUCUUUAAUGAGAUUGCUGAAGAUUUGGACAUGAUACGACAGGGUGAAGGUGAUUGUGAAAGAUACAGACUUUUUUAUAAGUCUUCCCGUGACCGAGAUGACUUAAACUUUAAUGUCCCAAUGGGUUUUUUUACAACGAAUGAACAUGAGGAGACAUUGCAGUUAAUUCUUGAAAGAUACAACAUUACCAAAGCCAGUAAUCUAUUUGACUUUGCAUCUUCGGUGCUUCUACCUGAAGCACUCAUUAGAAUUUAUGGAACUGCCAACAAUUUCAAUUACAAAAAGGCCGAAGCAAAUUUGUUUAUAGAAAAAAGUGGCGAGUCAUCAACAUCGUCAAAAGAGGAGGGAGAGAUUAUUCAAACAUCAUCGAAUGAAGAAAAAGAAGAGGGUGAACUGUCAUCAAGUAGUAGCGAAGAGGAGAUUUGUGACAGUCCAACAAGAACAAGGCACAAAAUGAAAAAUAUUGCUUUUCAUUUUGAGGAAAGUGAUAAUGAGCCUCCGAAAAAGAAGAAAAGAACUGGAAUGUGA